AUGGUGAAGGAGGCGAGAGACGGAAUUGAGAAGAUUAGAAAAAGGUUGAUCACUGCUCAAAGUAGGCAAAAGUCCUAUGUGGAUAAGAGGAGGAGGCCAUUGGAAUUUGCGGUUGGUGACAAGGUAUUUUUGAAGCUAGUUGGAUCGGUAGCCUAUCAUUUGGCACUUCCACCAAAAUUGGCUAAAGUUCAUAAUGUGUUUCAUGUCUCUAUACUACGAAAAUAUGAGCUAGAUCCAUCAUAUGUUUUAGAUUGGACCACAUUGGAAGUGGAGGAAGAUGGAAGCUACACUCUUCAACCGAUGAGGAUUUUGGAUCGAAAGGAUAAGGUCACACGGUCAAGUGUGAUACCGUUGGUUAAAGUCUAUUGGAUGUAUCAUGACAUGGAAGAGGCGACAUGA